AUGGCCGAUGAAGUGAGUAAAGCAGCUUAUAUCGGCUACGCGUUUGGCAUAGCAGUCUUUUUUGCUCUGGGAAUUCCACUGCAACUUGUGAACUUGAAAGCUUUACUUCACAAGGACUCAUACAGAAAGGAGCUCACUCCUUACCUCAUAAACAUCGCCGUCGCCAAUCUUAUUUUCAUGUUUGCGUCUUUCCCAAGUAGUUUUGUGUCUGCCAUCAAAGAAAGCUGGGCUUUUAGCAGACAAUUUUGCUUGGCUGAAGGAUUUCUAUCUGGCACAUCAUCCAUUGCAAUGAUAUGUUUUUUAAUGGUGAUCAUAGGCAAAACUCACAGAGCAAUCACUGAUUUUAGCUUUGUUGGCCAUCGAGACAGACGACCUCGAAAGAACACGAUUCCAAUAGCACUUGUUUGGCUGUUUUCUGUUGUUGGUAUGCUACCUCCAUUGACUGGCCUAACAUCAAUGUCUCUAGAGGGAGGCGGCACGAAUUGUGCACCAGAGUGGAGACCAGCAAAUACAGGAGACUUGGUAUACGCGUUGGUAUUAACGGUGUUUGCUUUCUUCGUUCCUAUAACUAUGAGUAUGAGAUAUCUUUAUAAGAUCUCUCAAUCGCUAGCACAACACAAAAAUGUCUGCGAGAAAAACUUACGCGCUAGAGUAAUCAUUGAAUAUGGAAGCAUUUCUAGAAUGAUCGGAGCUGCCAUCUUYCUUUACAUCAUCGCGUGGACUCCGUACUGCUUCGGUGUUUUGAUCUCGUUGUUUGGCGGGAGGAAUUUGCUGGAUGGAGAACUGUCACUUCUUCCUACUAUCAUCGCUAAAUCCAGUGCAGUGUAUAUUCCCAUCGUUUAUGUUACAUUUAAUGGCAGAUUUCGAAAAAUUGUGGUAAAAGUCAUCAGAAACAAACUGAGGAAAGGUGGAAACGCUGUGCAUCCUCUGACCGUCGAAAGUCAAUCAAACGCGGACGAGUUGCAAAGGAUGUCCGUGUCUCAAUUGCCUAAUCAAGUACACACUGAGCAAAUCUACACGGAUCUCUCCAGCUCUAACAUAAACCGGUUCAAUGAACGGAGAGGUGCUAUCAGAUUCUCGGAGGUUGAAGUAGAAUCGGGAAUCCCGAAUGCCGGAAAAAAAUAUUGUGGAAUGCGGAGCAUUUGAGGAAAAUAAGGAAUGCAGUUGUAAAAAAACAUUUACUGUAAUAUAGAAUGCUUUGUCAUUGACCAAAAGGCCAAUAUAUAAAAGAUACAAGGCCCUUGAGUUCAUUAUAUCAUAAGGAUCUUCUAAUAUUGGACAUAUUAAGCUUUCAAAAUUGUUGUAUACACCUAUAUAAAUUCGGAUAUCAGAUAUUUAUUUCCUGAAGCCAUGAGUGAUAUUGCACAUUUAUACUCAAGUUUAUAUGAUUUAUGGCUUUUUAUGACUUAACUACAAGUUGCAUUUGCUCAAAUGAUAAACUUUUAUUAAAUAUACAACAAGUGAUAUGAGAUAGCUCGCUCUCUGAUUGUCUGGUCAAAUAACAGUAUAUCAGACCAUGUACCGUGGUGUGGAGCCAAUUAAAAUGGCGACUAGAUCAUUUUGAAAAACCAUUUUUAAUAGAAAAGUCUAAAAGAAAAAAAGAUAAAAUAUGAUUGAAUAUCAGGUUAUGUAGCAAAAUGAAUAGACUUUGAUACGGCCCGAUUUCUGUGUCGUCGCCGAACUAACUAUUGAAUAUAUGAAAAAAACUAUAAUGAAUC